UGGAGAGUCCGGGGACUUUUGACUCCGUAGUUUAGCAUCUCCGCACUUGUUGUACGGCCGUAACUUGCUUCGUUGAUACUAAUAUAUUUGUUUCUUCUGUGCUUUCUGUUUGAUUUUAUUUUCUGCAUAUACCCUUUCCUUACAUGCAGUUUAGCAGACGUUGUGCCGAUAGAUAUAGACAAUGGCUCUCCCCAAAUCAGAUUAUCUCAGCAACAUCUGGAAAGACGAUUUAUUCAAGAAUAAAGUAGUCUUCUGUACCGGCGGCGGAGGUACAAUAUGCAGCGCCCAAGUCCGCGCUCUCGUCCACCUAGGCGCCAACGCAUGUAUCGUCGGUCGCAACGUCGCCAAAACCGAAAAGAUGGCCCAGAGUAUUGCGACUGCUCGACCGAGUGCGAAGGUUAUUGGUGUGGGUGCGACGGACGUUCGCAAUUUUGACAGUUUGAAGGCUGCUGUUGAUCGUUGUGUCAGCGAGUUGGGUGGGAUUGAUUUUGUGAUUGCUGGUGCCGCGGGAAAUUUCCUUGCGUCGAUUAAUCAGCUCUCUGUCAACGGCUUCAAGACGGUAAUGGAUAUCGAUGUGCUCGGUUCGUACAAUACGGCCAAGGCGACGCUUCCGUAUCUACAGGAGUCUGCAGCGAAACAUAAGGUCGACUCCAAGACUUUGCAACCAUCUUCCCUCGGUACAGGAGGACGUAUCAUCUUCGUCAGCGCAACAAUGCAUUAUACAGGAAUGAUCUUCCAGACACACGUCUCCGUCGCCAAAGCAGGUGUGGACGCUUUAUCGAAUAAUAUUGCGCUUGAAUUCGGACCGUUGGGCAUUACUUCGAAUAUCAUCGCUCCGGGACCAAUUGCAAAUACGGAGGGCGUCGAGCGCCUUUUACCAAGUGACUCUAAAGAGGAAUCGUGGAAAUCGCAACCCCUAGGUCGAUACGGAUCAAUAAGAGAUAUUGCUGAUGCCACUGUAUAUCUCUUUUCUGAUGCUGGCAGUUAUGUGAACGGACAUGCGUUGGUUGUGGACGGAGCUUCGUGGCGCAUGCCUGCUGCGUCGAUUGGCGCCAAUCUCAAAUACCCUGAUUUCCUUUUGUCUGGUGAUAUCGUGGCCAAUGUCAAGGGACAGAAGAAGUCCAAGCUGUGAUGCAUCUGAUAGUA